UCGCCUGGACGCGUCGCCAACCUCGCUCUUCUUCUCGCAAUUCCACAAGCCAGAGAAAUGUCGUCCUUCAAGGCAAUUGGCCUGGCAGCAGCUCUGCUCGCGAGCUCUGCCUCUGCCCAGACCUUUCAGCGUCUCGGUGCUUGCCCGACUCUGGGAUGCGUCUUCCCGCCAGACCAAGCCGACUUCUUGGCCGGCCAAUUCUUCGACAUUCGCCUUGAGGUCCACGCACCCAAGAACGGAUCCGAAGCCAUUGGCCUCCCUCCGGAUGAGAAGUUCACUUUUACUCUGGCCAAGGGUGAUGAGGAACCCAAACCAGUGACAGACUUCUUUGGCAUUGAAGACGCUGAGGUCGAGAGCUGGACCUUUUCCUGGUUCGAAGACCUAUUUGCCAGGGAUGCAAAGCAGUCGACUGUGGUCGAUGUCAGGGCAAAGGCGUAUCGCCGACUCGCUCUCUAUGAGCCGGGGGAGUACACCGCCACGCUCAACUACAACAAUGGAAGCUCCACCAAGGCGACUUGGUUGGUACGUGAUCUGGCCGAAGAGCGCAAAGCGAAGAACAUCAUCUUGUUCAUUGGAGACGGUAUGACGACCAACAUGAUCACGGCUGCACGCUUGAUCGGACACAAGAGCGUCAACGGAAAAUAUCAGUCCAAGAUGCAAAUGGACAAGUUCCCCGUCUUGGGCCACCAAAUGACACACUCCAUCGACAGCUUCAUCACCGAUUCCGCAAACUCUGCUUCGGCACUAUACUCUGGGCAUAAGAGCAGUGUGAACUGCUUGGGUGUGUAUGCCGAUUCAAGCAAGAGUCCGUUUGACGACCCCAAAGUCGAGACCAUCGCCGAAAUCUUCCACCGGCUCACUGGCGGACAUGUUGGUAUCGUCUCGACCGCUUUCCUCGCGGAUGCCACACCUGCUGGUUUGACUGCACACACUCGUUCUCGCAAUGAGUACGGCCAUGUGGUUGACACUUUCCUCAACGGUGUUACCAACUACACGUGGACAAAGUGGGAUGGCCCCGACGUCCUGUUCGGUGGUGGCGCGGAGUACUUCUACUCUCCGGCUCUCGGAGGUAUCUCUUAUAAGAACAGGACAUACUACGACGAGUUUGCCAAAAGGGGUUACCAGGUCCUUCAGAACCGCACUUCCCUCAUGUCUGCUCCCAAUGACGAAAGAGCCCUUGGCAUUUUCGCCGUGAACAACAUGGCUAAAUGGCUCGAUCGCAAUGUCUACCGCGACAACUUGAACCAGUCACUUUCUCCCGCUGGCGACAAGAAGCCCGCUCUCGAUCAACCGGGCCUCAAGGACAUGACCCUCAAGGCCAUCGAUAUCCUUGCCGAGCGCAGCGGCGACAAGGGUUGGUUCCUUAUGAGCGAGGCCGCCUCCAUCGACAAGAUGAUGCACGUUCUUGACUACGACCGUGCCCUCGGAGAACUCCUUGAGCUCGACGACACCAUCAAGGCCACCGUCAACAAGCUCAACGAAACCGACACGCUCAAAGAGACCCUCAUCCUCGUCACUGCCGAUCACGGUCACGGCUUCGAUGUCAUGGGAUCCGUCGAUCAGCGAUACCUGGCUGCGCAGAACACGGACCGCAAGAAGCGUGACGCCAUCGGCACGUACCAAAACUCCGGUCAGUCGCAGUACCAGAACACCGGCAACCUCACCUACACCGACAGCAACUUCCCCAAGACCUGGGAUCCUCGUUACACUCUCUUCCAGGGUCUGAUGGCUGAUCCCGACCGUCGCGAGAACUGGGCCGUCCACAAAGAUGGUCCUCGCAAGCCCGCUGUUGAGGCAGAGGAAGAUGACUACGUCGUCAACCCCAAGGAUGGCAAAGACGGCAUCUUGCUCAACGGUACCCUUCCCGUGGAGAACGACCAGGGUGUACACUCCUUGACUGAUGUGCCCGUGUUCGCAAUGGGCCCUUGUCAAGAGUUGUUCGGCGGUGUCUACAACUCUGUCGACAUCUUCUUCUCCAUGGCCGAGUGCUUCGGCUUGGGAAGGGGCACUCCUCCCGCGGAGACUUAUUAG